GACCCUGACAAGGAGGUAUCGUGGGCGGAGCUUCCGCUCAGGUAGAGCCCGUGUGUUCCCAGGUGUGCGGCGUUUAGAAGAAACCGACAACCCGCCGAAAAACGGUCGAGUCAGAAAGCUGUCGAGAAUGAAUUUACAAACGACAAUAAUAUGAAAAACAAAGGAAACAGAAAGACGGGCACAGGACUAUGCUGUGCCAACCUCAAGGACAACAAAGUCUUGAUGAAGAUGGGGUUGGCGCUGGUGCUGGUGGGCCAUGUAAACUUUAUUCUUGGAGCACUGGUGCACGGCACUGUGCUCAGACACAUCAGUCUGCAACGCCAGGUCAAGAAUUUGGUGUACCCCAUCGCCAAUAUCAUCGCUAUCGUGGCAGGUCUUUUGGGAGGGAUCUGUGGAAUAACAGCUAUAGUCCUAUCCAGAAACAAGAAAAACAGGAUCCUGAUAUGGGUCCUGCUGGUCUUCAGUUUCAUAGCAGGUUUCCUGGCGUCUGCCUCCACCGUGGGCUUGUUAGCUUCUGUGAUUACAGCUAUUAUGUCCAAAGGAAAGGCCCUGCUGUCACAAUGCAACGCAGCCGUUCAGAAUAUUAGCUCUUUUAGCAUCACAAACGAAUGCCCCUUUGAUCCCACCCGUAUCUACGCGACCACCAUCAUUCUGUGGCUGCCGCUCAUCUUUAUGUCUGUUGUGGAAGCAGUGUUCUCCUUCCAUUGCUUUGCUGCCUGCACUUCAUUCCUCUACCUCUGUCCAUGCAGGAAGAGGCCACGUGUGAAGAACAGGAUGCGGAGAUCUGCUGAAACCACACCAGCACUGCAAUACAGGGAGACGGACACUGAAGUGGGAUCUACAGAGCAGGAUGACCUGCUGGACAGCAACACUGCUGGGGUGCAGAGUGACUUACUCUGAAGCAGCUGAAUCUAAGAGAAUAGGUUACAAAGUGCUGAGCUGCACUGGCUAAAGCGUGGAUUGUUACACAUUUAAUGUAUGAAGACAAGUUGACAAUAGGGCUAGCCUUUUUAUAUCAAAAUGCAUUGUAUUCUUGUGUUAAAGAAUUAAAACUUUUCCAAACAAAA